AUGGAGCUGCUGGACCACAUGAUAGAGUGCAGCAACACACCAGAGCUCUCUUCUGCGCGUUUUGACGGUUCCAUCUUCAGAUCAGACAUGGCUACGCUGCUGGGACAGCCUUCCUUUGCCCACCUCAAAGCCGCAGACGCCACCCUGGCCGCCACACCUGAGGCGGCUGUGGCCUUCCUGCACCAAUUGGCAGAGGGUGUGCGGCCGCUGGCAGACCAGGAGGCAGAGCUCCUGCGCCGCAUCAAGGCACGCGACACCAAGAAGCAGGGUGCAGCCCUCCAUGCGUGGGAUCUGGACUACUACACAACAAUAGCACGCACGCGCGGCGGCGCAACACGCCCUGAGAGUGCGAUGCCGUACCUGCACCUGGAAUCAGUGCUGUCGGGCCUCUCCACCCUGCUCUCUCAAGUGAUGGGGAUCGAGCUGCAGGAAGAGCCUGUCGACUGGGGCAACCCUGGAAGCGACAGCAGCAGCAGUAGCAGCAGCAGCAGCAGCAGCAGCAGCAGCAGCAGCAGCAGGGGCGGCGCAGAGGGCUGGGCGCCCGGCGUGCGGCGGCUCGGGGUGGUGGAGCGCGACGGGGGCGCGCGGCUGGGUACGCUGUACCUGGACCUGCUGGGGCGGCCGGGGAAGCUCACAGGCAGCGUGCUGUUCCCCAUUCGCUGCGGCCGGCGGCUGCCAGACGGCUCUUACCAGCAGCCGAUCCUGGCCCUCAUCACGCCCUGCGGCCCCAGCCCCGACCGCCUCGCCUUCACGUGGCGAGAGCUGCGCACGUUUGUGCACGAGAUGGGCCAUGCGGUCCACAACAUGGCCUCCAGGACGCACUUUCAGCACCUCUGGGGCACGCGCUGCGCGCAGGAUGUGGUGGAGAUACCCUCGCACCUGUGGGAGCACUUUGUGACAGACCACCGCGCCGUCAGCGUCAUCGCACGCCACGCAGCCAGCCGAGAGCCGCUGCCACGCGCGCUGCACUCGGCGCUGCUCGCGUCGCACGGGGCGUUCCCUGCGCUCGACCUGCAGCAGCAGGUGGAGGGGCAGGGAGGUGCUCCUUGCCUUGGUUGA